UCUUUGCUGCCCACAGUCGAUAAAGCAGUGUAUACAAAUGUCAACGUCUAUUCUCUCAUUACACACUUUCUCCAGUUUUUCCACAACUUUUUUUCCCUCACACAACGAAUUUGACGAUAGUAGCCAAAGCAAAGCGGUUCUCAAUUAAUCAAAAUAGCCAGUACGCUUACAACAGUGGCUGUGUGUGUGUGCAUCAAUUGAUUCACAAAAAAAAUUGUGGCAGCAGUAAGAAAAAAUUUGGAAAAUGAGAUUCAAACAUUUUAUGGGGCUGCAUUUAGGCUCAUUACUAGUCAUAUUACUACUGGCCAGUUCGCCGCUAGUACGAGCUGACGUGGAGCAGGACUUCGCUGAUGAUGUUGACGAUGACGGCAAGGUAGAGGAGGUGCAGGAUGAAAAUGAGCUCGAAGAAAUCGUAUAUGAAAGCCCCGUUUAUGACCAGAACAAAUUCUAUUUCGCCGAUCACUUUGAUGACAUCGCUGAAUCUCGCAAGCGUUGGGUAAAAUCCGAAGCAAAGAAAGAUGAUAUCGCCGAAGAGAUAGCCAAAUAUGACGGCAUAUGGGAAUGGGAGCCACCACAACGUAUCGUAUCCAAGAAAGACAUUGGUCUCGUACUCAAAUCGAAGGCGAAACAUGCAGCUAUUGCUUCAAAACUUAACAAACCAUUCACCUUUAAGAGCGACACACCCCUCGUAGUGCAAUACGAAGUAACUAUGCAGGAGGGACAAGAAUGUGGCGGCUCAUAUAUUAAGUUACUUUCACAUGGUGUACAUACCGAAGACCUCAAAAAGUUCAACGAUAAGACGCCAUACACUAUUAUGUUUGGACCAGACAAAUGCGGUAGCGACAUUAAACUACAUUUCAUAUUCCGCCACGUUAAUCCAAUUAAUGGUAGCAUCGAGGAAAAGCAUUGCAAAAAACCAAAAGAUCGUUUGGAGGAACCAUUCAAGGACAAAUUGCCACAUCUCUAUCAGCUCGUCAUACGCCCAGAUAAUAGCUUCGAAAUAAGUGUUGAUCACAAGGUGGUGAAUCAAGGUUCUCUGCUCUCGGAGUUCACGCCAGCAGUUAAUCCACCACGUGAAAUUGAUGAUCCCGAGGACAAAAAACCAAAAGACUGGGAUGAACGUGAGAAGAUACCAGAUCCAACCGCUAAGAAACCAGAAGAUUGGGAUGAUGAUGCACCACCACAAAUACCAGAUCCCACAGCUGUUAUACCUGAUGGUUGGCUUGAAGAGGAACCCGCAAUGAUACCUGAUCCCACAGCCGUUAAGCCCGCCGAUUGGGAUGCUGACAUGGAUGGCGAAUGGGAAGCACCAAUGAUCGAUAAUCCAGCAUGUGAAAAGGCCGUCGGCUGUGGCGAAUGGAAGGCGCCUUUGAUACCCAACAAGGAGUACAAAGGCAAAUGGCGCGCACCACUCAUCGACAAUCCCAACUAUCAAGGCAAAUGGGCUGCACGUAAAAUACCAAAUCCCGAUUACUUUGAAGAUCUCACGCCAUUCAAGAUGACGCCCAUCUCCGCUGUGGGCCUUGAACUUUGGUCGAUGUCUGAGAGUAUUUUGUUUGACAACUUGAUUGUCGCUGACGACAUUGAGUUGGCCAGAGAUUUCGCCGCCAAAACGUUUGAUAUUAAGCGUAAAUAUAUCGAUAAGGAGUCGGAGACAUUUUUCAAUAAAAUCGUAGCAUUCUUCAAUGAGAGCUCUUGGGCUUGGCGUGUAGCAAUUGUAUUAGCUGGUGCCACACCACUCUCACUCACUUUGUAUCGCUUGUUUAAGAGAUCCGGUUCGAAGGAGUCUGGUUCCGAUGCUGACGCUAAGAAAACCGAUGCCGUGCAACCCGAUGACGCUGCGGCCACUUCAGGCGGUGAGACCGACGCAACUGCCGCUAGCAGCAGCAGCAACAAUGUAUCUAGUCCUAAAACUAAAAAGUCUGAUUUAGAUGUUAAAGAUGAUAAGGAAGAGCAAGAAGCUGAGACAGCAGCUACCACAAAUAGCGGUAAAGAAUCACAAGAAGAUGAUGCUGAGGAGGCCGUCACUGGGGAAACCACGACGAAGGCCGCACGUAAGCGUCGCGUGCCCAAGGAUCAGUCUUAAGCGUGGCGUUGGUUAGCUGUACAACGCAAUACAAAAGAAUUCCAAAAAGCAAACAUUUAAAUAAAUUUAUAGUAGAAUAUGCAGCAGCAAGUCGGCGGCAUGUAUGCAACACUUUGCGUUGGUGACAUGAUGCGGCAUUCAUUUUAAUAUUUUUUUUUAGUUUAGUCUAUAACUUCAACACAAUUUUCCCCAUAAUUUCACACAGCAAACUGCAGUCAUGCCACACUACUGUGCGUAAUGUAAGAAUGUCUUUCUUUUAUUUAUAUAUGUAUACUUGUAGUUCAAUUGAUGUGGAAUGCAAUGUUUUUUUUGUUAUUUUUUUUUUGUUGCACGUGAAAUGUUUGUGUGAGCACUGGAAAACACAUUGUACAUUGUCAAAUGUACGGACUUGCAAAAUAUAUACACCAAAUAGUUGUAUACACUUGGGGAUACGGCCAGUAGUUUGUAUGUGCAGACACCUAAGAUAAUUUCAAUAAAACAUGUUCGAACUGCUUCUAUUUCGAAAUAAUUUUCAUACUUACAUAAAGAAGUAUUAAUUUAAAAAGAAAUUUGGUUAAGUAUUGUUUGUUUGCCGAUAAUUUCCAUAUGCAUUAGUAGCAAGAAAGUUCUUCACAAAAACCAAUAUAUAUAUAUAUGUAUUACUUUCUAGUGAAAUUAUUUUAAAUUAAUGGAUAUAGAAAAAUCUCCGCAACCUAUAUGUAUGAAACGAAUAGUGUAGCCUAAUGGAAAAAUAAAACAAACAAACGAAACAUUAUUUUAAUUUAAAAUGUACUUUGUAUUAAAUGCGUAUUUAAUUGUAAUAUUAAUUAACGCCAAUAAAGAUAAUAAAAAAAUAAAAAUUUAAUAAAGA